AUUCAAAUUCAAAUAUCAAAAUAUGGAAGAAGUAUUUUGUUGAAUUUUUGAUGUCUGUGUCGAUUAAAGUUAACGAAAAAUAGACUAUUUCGAAAAAUAAUUGAAGUAAUAUGUCAUGUUUUAAAAAUGUCAAACAAAAGGCUCUUGUUGUUCAUGAUUAUUUUCCAUUUAUCUUCAGCACUGAGAACAUAUACCAAGGAAGAUUUAGUUAAAUUAAGGGAAGAAGUGCGAGAAAUGUUCUAUCAUGCAUAUAAUAGCUAUCUGAAAUAUGCUUAUCCCUAUGAUGAACUAAGGCCACUUAGUUGUGAUGGAAUGGACACCUAUGGAAGCUAUUCUUUAACAUUAAUAGAUGCCCUAGAUACCCUAGCAAUAAUGGGAAACUAUUCAGAAUUCCAGAGAGUUGUAGAUAUAUUGUCAACAAAAACUGAUUUUGAUGCUAAUAUCAAUGUGUCUGUUUUUGAAACAAAUAUUCGUAUUAUAGGAGGACUCCUUAGUGCACAUUUGAUGUCAAAUAAGGUCGGAAUGAAACUAGAACCCGGCUGGCCAUGCAACGGCCCACUUCUGAGGCUGGCAGAAGACGUGGCAAAACGAUUAGUGGCGGCUUUCGACACGAAAACCGGCAUGCCUUACGGAACUGUCAAUUUGCACAGCGGCGUGCCGAAGGGCGAGACGACCGUCACGUGCACGGCCGGGGUCGGGACGUUUAUCGUCGAGUUCGGGGCUCUGAGCAGGCUUACAGGAGAUCCCUUGUAUGAGGAGGUGGCUAUGAAUGCCCUAUACUCCCUCUUCAACCACAAAUCCCAGCUGGGGCUGUACGGCAACCACAUCGAUAUCGAUUCCGGGCGAUGGACGGCCCAGGACGCCGGCAUUGGUUCCGGAGUUGACUCCUUCUUCGAGUACCUCGUCAAGGGAUCCAUCCUGCUGCAGAGGCCUGAACUGAUGGAGAUGUUCUACGAGUCCAAAAAGGCCAUCGACAAGUACAUGAAAAAGGACGACUGGUACAUGUGGGUGUCGAUGACGAAGGGACAGGUAACGUUACCGGUGUUCCAAAGUUUGGAGGCUUAUUGGCCCGGAGUUUUGAGUUUAAUAGGAGAAACAUCUAGUGCCAUGCGCACAUUGCACAACUACCAUCAAGUGUGGCAGCAAUACGGAUUCACUCCAGAAUUCUUUUACAUUCCCCAGAACGAGGCGGGCAGUCACAAAGAGAGCUACCCAUUGCGACCCGAGCUUAUAGAGUCGAUCAUGUAUCUGUACCGGGCAACAGAAGAUCCUUUUCUUCUGCAAGCCGGCGAAGAUAUCCUGAGGAGUAUCCAGCACAGUGCGAAAACUCCGUGCGGAUAUGCAACAAUCAAAGACGUGAGGGACCACAGGAAAGAAGACAGGAUGGAAUCAUUUUUUCUAUCGGAAACAACCAAAUAUCUCUACCUCCUUUUCGACACAGACAAUUUCAUUCAUAAUCAAGGCCAAUCUGGCACUAUCAUCGAUACGCCUAACGGAGAAUGUGUCAUUGAUGCAGGAGGGUAUAUUUUCAACACUGAAGCUCAUCCUAUCGACCCUAGCGCCCUGCAUUGUUGCCACAGCGUUUCAAACAAAAACAUUUUUGAUUUGAAGGAGAUCGAGAAAAAUAAAGCUCUGUUCAUGGGCGAAGGAAUCAAAGAAAAAAAGAUACCUGUCGAACCAUGUCAACAGCAAAAUGAGUUUGACGAUCCCAAAGAAGACGAUGAAGUCCUCACCAUAACUACAGAAUCUGCUAACAGUUAUGUCAAACUAGAAGAUAAUGAUAGUAUUAGCCAAAAGAUCCUCGUUUCUGAUGAGGAUUAUCAAGACAAUGCAUCUUAUCUCGAUGACACUGAAGAAAUGUCAUUCCCGAAGCUCUUGAACCAAAUAUUGGUGAAGGAAGAGAAGACAUUCGAUCCACAGGAGAUGUUGGAGAAGUUUCGCACGGAAAACAAGUAUCCGAGGAACUCAACGUGGGAAAAUAAUUUCAAGUUGUUGUCAUGUAAAGGCCAGCCUUUCUUGCAGAGGUUAUCUAUACUGGGAGAAUUUUUUACUAAAUAAAGUUUUGGAUGAUU